AUGACGGAUGCAUACAUAAACACAGCAGCAUGGCGCGGAAAGGUAGUGGGUUCUCUCAACAGCGCUCAACAUGAGUUUGACGUCCUACUUCAAAUGUAUGAGACCCUUCGCGAUCAUACCAGGGAAACAGAGACAGAACUUAAGAAAGCUCAGGAGAAGAUCAAGGUUCUACAGGAAGAAAAAGAUGGCCAUCUCGCCCGAGCAACCGUUAUCAAUGUUGGCGAUACCACUGACGAAUGGGUACGCGAACGACUCACCAAAAUCUAUGAUGACCUUGACACCUGGACAACUUCCGUGCCCCUUUCGAGUGACUUCGCCAUAAAAUGGCCCGCGGCUAUCGGCUACCUCAAAGACCAUGAUUUCAUUGAAGUUGCUACCCGGGCUUUCGAUGAUGCUAUCCCGAGUGCAGAGCCGGAGCUGAUCUCAGUUGGAAUUAUCUCUAUUAUUGUCAAGAAGUUAUUCUUAUGUCUAGUAGCUGGUGCAACGCAGACUCAACGCGACGCUCUGGGACAGCUGCACAGCAAUGUCCCACUGAUUGAACCCCAGCAAACCGUCAGAUCCGUUCGCACUUUUCGAGUCGAAAUGGUUCGAGCCUGGGUUCAGUCCCCUAACUACCCAAGCCAGCUGAAUCAAGCCUGUGAAGCCACAUGGGUCACUAUCGCCAACUUCCUCCAAACACUGGGAAACAUCACGAGCAAAGUCUGGCAGAGAAGACUCCUCGAGCUUAAGGAGCAUAUCGUCGUACCUGCAGGUGAGCUCGCGACGGAAAUGCAAUGCUCCGGCGCGAGAUAUGAAUGGAACUGGCACCGUAUCAGACCGGACGCAGAUCUGAACCAGCUGGAUGAGUUCGAGAUAGUAGACUACAAUACACGAUACCGACUCAAGCAUGAAAUGACCAAGAAUCUCCCACGAGACACCAAGCUAGGGGAGCAUAUUCUAGUCGUUAUGCCAUCUGUGGAAAGAAUGGACUGGGGAACCGGCGAGGUGGCACUGAUCGUCAAAAACCGCGUUCUUGUCCGCAUCAAUCAGAAAAUCCGUCUCCGACCACGCGAUACUGAGUACGGAUUAUUCAAGGGACCAAGUCUCACAGGAAAAUCACUCAUGGAAAGCUAG